CCUGGACAUCCACCUCGGCCGAUGGGGACCGCAUGGGAUGGGGCAAUACCUUCGCUGCCGAAUCAGACCGACUGAAAGAAAAAUUUGAGAAGGAAUUCAACUCCAACGAGGAGAAGUUGUACGAGUACUGGCCACAUGCUUUCCGGUGGACCUGUUGCGGAAACGAAGGAGAUCUGCAAUUUGGAUGUGAUCAGCAUGGAACCGGAAGCACGCCGUGCACCUGCGAUUUUUGCUGGAUGGGGAAACCUAUUCCGGACUCUGUCUAUAAAAGCCAGGCAGAAUCUGCUGCCGGAAAGGGGUUGAUCCUCUCCAGAGGUCCGGACCCAAACAGCUAUAGCAAGAGCCAGGCUCGCAUGGCGGAAACCAUGUGCUCGUUCCUCGGGCUCCCUUAAAUCAUCAUCAGCAUUAAUCGACCUUCAUUGAGUACGAUUCCUAACCCUCAGGAGAAUCUGUACCACUGUCCGAACCGGGGUUGCCGGAAGGAGUUCACGGCCUUGGCUGGGAUUGUCAAUCACCUCGAAAGCGAGUCGUGCGGCUGCACACGGAUUGACAAAGUGCAGUACAGAAACCAGGGCGUGGUUAGCGGCAACAGGUUGAUUGUAUUUUGACUAUAUCUAUGGAGGCUCCCGCUCCAGUGAAAUGUGUCCUUUCUCACGCGCGCAGAAGCCUG